CUCCUCAAGCGAGAUGGUGGUUCGGGGGGCCCCUCAACUUCCACGAUCAUCAUCAUAGCCGUUGUGGUGGGUGCGGUCCUUAUCCUCGUCUUCGCCCUCUUCGCCUGGCGCCUUCUCGCUCGCUGUUGCCGCUCCUCCGCAAGCAGAAAGGUACCCCUUCCGCCAGUACAAGAUCUCGCGCGCCACCGAGAACAACAGGUUGCCGCUUAUGCAGACCGCAAGAACGACCGUCCCACCACUUGGGUCGAUCCUGACCUCCUUCACCCUCGCAUCUACUCCCGGGCUGGCUUCUCGAGCGGAAGUAGCGCUUCUCUCAUCCGCGGUGCGCCCGAAUUCUCUAGCCACGGUCAAACCAGGGAAAGCAGCUGGGCCCUCGAUGAUGCCUCCCGUGAAGGCUCGCCACAUCCUCUUUCACCUCCCACCCCUUCCUAUUUGCCUUCGGGCCUCAAUCUACACAACAGCAUGUCGAGUACGGCCAGCUUGGAACAGGAUGUCCUCCCCGAAUCUGGGUCAGACGUGCCUAUGGUAGCCUCGCCCUCCGAGAUGACCCACUCGGUCGAAUCCUCGAACGACUUCUCCAGCAUUCUACCCGCGCGUCCUCGGCCCCCACGCACGUCACGUUCGCGCGUCCGACAGAUGUCCAUUGCCUCCUCGUCUGUGCACUCCCUCCACGGUUCAACUUCCGCUCCGAAUGUCCUCCACGGAGCCCCACAUUCAAUCCAUAGCAACAUCAACAUCGUCCUCCCCGCUCCUCUUGCGCCCGAACUGUACCCGCACGGUCAACAUCCCCUGGCCGACGCCAUGAGCAUGAGCGAUCGGCAGAGCGUGUUCAGCAACAGUGUCACACACAGCGCUGGCUCUGACAGGAAGAGCGUAGCGGAUCAGUGGCUGCUCGCGGGAACUCGGCCGCCGUCCACGGUGCGAGUCGGGACCCUACGAACAAACCAGGGCACCGGCGCCCCUCGACACAGCUAUACUGCGGCGCCGCGGCCCCCGACGUCCUCGACCCGGACUCGUAGCCAACUGUCAAGAGUGUCCUCACAUUCCUCCGUGCGAGAAACCGAGGUGGCCGUGGCUCACCGCCGCACGGCUUCCCAACCUCCCAGCCAGAUCCUCGGCUCGCAGCCAUCCGCCUCUCCCGCCUCCCACUCGCGUGCGCCCUCGCUCGUCGAGACCGUCUUCAUGCCUCGCUCGCCCAUGCCGCCCGUACCGCGCAUCCCGUCCAUGUACGGACGUGAGCAGGUCCCC